CACAUAUAUCUGUGUACAUUUCAUCAAUCGUAAGACCUCUCUAUUUUAUGUUUAUUUCACCAAAUGCGUUAAAAUUGUUAUAAUCGACGUUAUAAUCGUUCUCUCGAAAAAUUAUGAUAUCAUCAUCUAUUAUAAUCUAUUGUUCAUCUUUUCAAAUAAUCUAUAAAUGUGUAUAAAAUCUGUGUUUACAUCAAAUUUUCAAAUCAAUUCAGUGAUUGGAGCCUAAACACUGGUUACAUCAUUUUCAUUUUAUACAUUAAAUGAGAGUCUAGGAAAAAAAAUAAUAUUUAAUAUUUUACCUCAAUUGACUAUUGACUAUUGACUAGUGUGAAUCUUCAACUUGUGACCUUUAUUGUUUGUUAACAAUUUACAAAUUUAAUUUGUUUAUAAAUAUCAACCAUCAACAACCAAACAAACCAAUUAACUACAGGACCAGUUUUCAUCAUCUCUGUAAUUAUCAAAGGUUAACCCAUUGGUUGUACUUUGAGUUUUUACUUAUUAUAGAGAUUUAACCAUCACAUCAUCUCACUGUCAUCAUCUUCAUCAUCACCAUCAUCAUCGGCACCAGUAUCAUCAUUAAUACAGUUAUAUAUUGAUAACAGAAGCAACAACAACAACAUUAAACUAACUGGAACAUUAACAGUAAUAAAUAACCAACAAUAAUAUUAUAUAAUGGGACGCAAAAAAAUUCAAAUUUCAAGGAUUACAGAUGAACGUAAUCGUCAGGUCACAUUUACCAAAAGGAAGUUUGGUUUGAUGAAAAAAGCUUAUGAGCUUAGUGUAUUGUGUGACUGUGAGAUCGCUCUCAUCAUUUUUAAUAGCACAAAUAAAUUAUUUCAAUAUGCCAGCACCGAUAUGGACAAAGUGCUCCUUAAAUAUACCGAGUACAAUGAGCCCCAUGAAAGCCGGACCAACAGCGAUAUUGUAGAGACUUUGAACAAGAAAGAGCAUAAAAAUUCGGCCAAUGGUUGCGACAGUCCUGAGCCUGAUGAGGCCAGUUACACCAUGAACCAAAGGAGCGAGCAAAAUUACAACAAAAUCAGUGAGCAAUACGAAAUGAUGCUUCAGAGGAAUCCAGCCCAUAUCAAUGGAAACAGGUCCCAGCCUUCAUCAUCUCGAUUAUCACCAGUGCCAGUUACAGUAGCUUUAAAUUCAUCGCCAUAUCCAAAUCAGGAUUCUAGUCUACUUCAACCAGCUCAGUUAUCACCUCAACCAGCUUCAAUCAGUCCUCGGCCAAGUUCCUCAGGUGCAAUGUUAGACAUGACCAGUGGCUCAUCAAAUGGUUUUCACCAUCAGCCCUGUUCACCCUCUUCACUAUCAGGUGAAUCAAGUUCACCCAAUUCAAUUGUUUGUAUUAAAGGAAACGUUUCACCAAACCUGACACCAGCCAAUAGCACAUCAGUUAUACCCACCAAUGUUACCCUUCACCAUCAUCAUAACAACAACAAUCACACCAACAACCAUCAUAACCAUCACCACCACAACCACCAAUUAACGGCCAAAGGUGGAGGCAGUGGGGUGACUGGCAAUGGAAGUGGCAGUGGAUCUGCUGCAAACUUAACCUCACCAACAUCACCUUUACCAAGUGGACAGUCCAAUAACAGUUUAAGCACAACAACAUCCAGAGGCAAUAUACGUGUUGUCAUACCCAAUACUCAUGUUGCUAUGGCAUCACGUAAUGGUACGCUUCUUAACUCAGCAAUUUCAUCCUCAGCAACGGCAAUGUCGGCUUAUUCGUCCUCCAUUUCAUCUUUUGGUUCCAAUGGUUUUCAAUUAAAUAAUUCAGAUAUGGAUAUUUCGACGUUCAAUUCAUCGGGUUUACUUCAAAAUUGGCCACAUCAAAAUCAACUGUCCUCAAGUAUAAACCAUGGAAGUCCUCCAAGUACGAGUGUUAAUCCACCUCAAUUAUCAGUUAGCACUGUAAGCACCCCACCCCCAUCAACCUCACCCUCAUCAGUUAAAGUUAAAAGUGAACCAAUAUCACCACCACGGGAUCUUUCCCACCAGGGUCACUCAGUUUCGGGUAACCUUGUAAGGCCCUCAUCAAACACACCAAGCCAUUUAUCGCCUGGUCAUCCACCGUUAACACCGUCAACCUCUUCAUCGCCUGAUCCAUCCUGCAGCUCCGAUUACGAAGGUCCAAUACAGAAAAGAUUGCGAGUUCCCAAUGAUGGUAAUUGGCCGGCUUGACAAUGUUUAAUUUAAUCAAAUGAAUCAAAAUUUAUAAAAAAAAAAUACCAGAACCAGAAGCAAACCAACAACAACAACACCAACAUCAACCAAAAUUAAUCAACAAAUCAAUAUCAAGUGGAAACCAUCUUUGAAGCAAGUAAAUAGUUAAAGGAAUUGCUGAAUUGAAAGGCAAAAAUACAUUUCAAUGUAUUUUGUUACCCAAAAAAAAUUUUACAUGAAAACCCAAAAGUCACCCAAAUUGAUGAUUAAAAUGUUGUUGGACAAUUUUAGACUUAUGAUGAAAGAUUAUUAGCAAUUUGUUAAUAACGUUGACUUGGAUAAUACAUAAUUAAUUUGAUUUAAGAUGAUGAUAACUCUAUUUUUAAUUAAAUCACCCAACCACCAAAAUCAAAUUCAACAAUAAAUACAAAAUGGACGAAACCAUCAUCAAAAUAUAUUUAAAGACACCAGAAUCAACUCUUUCUUUCUCUCUCUCUCUCUCUCUCUCUCUUCUAACAAAUCAAAUCAACUCAAAAAUAAGAAGUUUAUUAUUAUUAUUAAUAUUAUUAUUAUUAUAUUAUUAUUAUAUUAUUAUUAACUAGUUGACUAUUGACGAGACAAGUUAAAAAAAAUACUAAAUCGACAAAAACAAGCAUUGAUUGGAAAUGCACACAACAUUCACUUACACAUAAACCUUCAAUACAAGUGACAUUGAUCAUCAACAUCAUCAUCCUCAACAUCAUCUCAUCUCAUCAUCAUCAUCAUCAUCAUCAUCUUGAAUAUAUCAUCUGUGUAUCUUCACUCAAUAACUGUAAUAACUUGAUCAACUCAAAGAGAGGGGGAGAGAGAGACAUCAAUGGAUAAUUUUUUGUUUUACUUUUCAUUAUUGUUAUUUCACACUCUCUGCCUUUGGUCUUCAUCAUCUUCUGGUUCAUCAAGAUGAUAUGUGAUCUUAUUGUUUUUGUUUUUGAAAUUUUUUUUCUUUCAUUUGUAAAAACUCAAACCAUCAACAUGAAGUUAUAACCACAACCACCAGCAACACCACAAGAAGCAUCACCAUCAAUGGCAGAUAUGAAUAACAAUUGCACAAGUUUACAUCUCUAUCCUGUUCAAUCUUAAUGUGUCUCUAUCUAUUGUUUUGUCCGUGAAAAACACACACACACACAAUUGGUCAAGAAAAGAUGUUAAUGUUAAUAAUAAUAUAUAAUACACAAUCCCUUGUUGCCUCUAAUAAAUAAAGAAAUGGAUUAAUUCAGUA